UCAGUACGUCUAUACAAUUCGUGCGAAGUUGUUGGUUGUUCGGAUGUGUUUUGCUGUUGGCACAGUGUCGAUCGGUUGACUUUUAUUUUUUUUGUUUGUUGUGUUUUUGUUUUUCUCUUCUGUGUGUAAUUUGAGUUGUAGUGUGUAAUAUUUUGCUGGUUUUACAAAACGAUCCCAACGAUAAAGUUUAUAUAAAAAAUUGACAAAAAUAUAAAUAAAUUUAAACAAAAUGUUUUGAAUGCAAACACAAUCUAUGGAACAGUUCCAAUUUUGUAUUUCUAAAUAUUACAAAGAUCAAGACUGAAACAUCCAUUCAAAGGGGAAUUGUGUAAAAAUUCCUUUAAAGAAACAACAACGAAUUCCAUAACAACGAACCAAAACAACAUUAUUCCAAUAUGAUUAAAUUGAAAUCACUUUUUCGCAGAGGACAAACGCCCUCACAGUCCUCAUCGAAACAUUCCAACAGUAGUAGCAGCAGCAACAAUAAUCGCAACAAAUCCCAGUCGACUCAAUCCCUAAACACUGCCAUUGAAAACGAGGACAAAAAACAACAGGCGGCAGCAGCAGCUUCGGCAUCUUCAAAAUUCUAUCCCAAUGCAGAUAUUCCUCCGCCCAUCAUACAAAUAGAAGGUUCUUCGAGUGAACGUGGCGUAGAUGUGGGUGAUGAUCAUUUGAAUAACAGCUAUCACAGUUUGGAGCCAAAUAAAUUAUCAACUGGUAUUGGUGGUAAUACGGCAUCAUCGGGACAACACGCUCACACCUUGCCACACAAGAAAACCAAGGGAACAACAGCCAAGAAAGGUCAAAAACAACCCAAACCCUUGCCAGUUGCACCCACAGUUGUUGCUCCUCCACCAGGUGGCCCAACAGGCGAUGUAAUGACUUCAAUGGCAGCUGUAGCACCCGGAACUCCAAGUUCUUCUGUCAAGCCCGGCUCGACAGCCUCCCUUUCGACAUCACACUCAAAUCCGGCACUAUCAGCCACGACCGGAAAUGCUGCUGCCACUUCCGCCAAUGAUUUGUAUGCCCUAAAUCCGGCAUUUAUGGCAGCAGCCGCGGCGGCCAGCUAUCAAUUUAUCAACAGCGAGCAGCAACAGAUUUUGGAGGCUUCAAAUAUCAAAAUGCAAGAACUACAAUCUCAAUUGGAUCGUUUGGCACGUGAUAAAAUGUUGGCAGAAUCUCGUGUAACGGAACUAUUGCCGUAUCAGAGUGAAGUUAAUAAGCUUAAAAAUGAUAUUAUCAAAAUGCAGAGUGCCCAAGAGAAGAAUCAACUGGAAAUUGCAAAUUUAAAAUAUGAAAAUGAGUCGUUGAGAAAUCGCUUAAGAGACGUCGUCAACUCGCCUUUAUCCGAUGCGGAAAAACAUCAAAUCAUACAAGAUUCUCAACGUUUACAUAGUUCAGCACCAGCUUCAAUUGCUCUACCAACAUCUGCAGAACACGACAAUGGUGGCACUCCCUGCCUCACCCCGGACUGGGAUAAACAUUCCUCGUCCAGUGAAAUUUCUGUAGCUUGCCUGCAGGACAAGAUCAUACAAAUGGAAGAGACCCAUUACUCAACCAAUGAAGAAUUACAAGCCACACUCCAAGAACUAUCCGAUUUGCAGGCUCAAUUGAGUGAUGCCCAAACGGAAAAUGAACGCCUAGCCGAGGAGAAGGAUGUCCUGUUCCAAUCGUUGUGUCGACAAACCGAAAAACUAAACGAUUCUCGUACCCAAAUCAAUAACCUGCAAGAGCUAUUGCUUAGAGAUGCUAACAAAAACAAUGCCGAGGAGGCUAAUUCCUCUGAAAGAGAAAAGAAAUUGAUGGAUCUUAUCAAGACAGCCCAGGAUGAACGCGAAGCUGUCUUAGUCAAGCAAGAAGAACUCAAUGCCGAGUUGCAGGAACUAAGGCAGGCUAACGAAAAUCAUAUUUCCGACCAAACUCGUCUAAGGGAGCGCAUUGCUCUACUCGAAUCGUCCAUUGAUGCGGAGCAUGCCCAGCGUAAACAAAUGGAACUACAGUUACAAUCAGCCAAAGAGGAAAUUUCACACGGACUUAUUGAAAUCAAUCGCUUGACAACCCUGCUGGAGAAUGCCAAAUCAAAAAUCGAAGAGCUAGAGCAAGAUUUGGCUCGGGGUGAUAAAACCGAUCUCAGUGAACUUUUAGAUGCUGCACGCAAGGAAAAAGAUCUUCUCGAAGAGAAGGUGGCCGAAAUUCAAGAUCAGUGGUCACGCAGUCAGGCCGAAGUAAGGCGUCUAAAAGACCAGAUUGCCGAUCUUACAGAAGAGCUCAAAGUUUCGAAAAACAACUCAAAAUGUGCCCUCUCCCAUCUCGAAUUCCGUUUGGAUCAAAUGCAACAGGAAAAGGACAAACUAUCCGCUGAACAUCAACAAUUGUGCGAGAGUACAAACGAAUUACAAGUGCAAUGUAAAUGUCAUCUAGAGGACAAAAAUCAACUCCAAUCACUGUUGGGCGAAAGCCAACAACAGCUCAGUGAAAUGGAACGUAAACUGAAGGAAGCCCAACAGCAAUUGGAAGAUCUGCAGCAGCUACGCAAACAAGAAGCCGAAGAAUGGCAGCAAUUCCAAGCGGAUCUUCUGAUGACGGUUAGGGUGGCCAAUGAUUUUAAGACUGAAGCCUUAAGUGCUAGAGAACAAUUAGUAUUGGAUAAUAAGACGCAGAAAGAGAAGAUACGAAUGCUGGAGCAGCAAAUUGAAAAAUUAACCAAACAACAACAACAACAAACCGAAACACAACAAUCCGUAUUAUCCACGGUACAACAAGAAAUGGCCUCCAGACGCAGUAAAGUAGGCAGCUUUUCCAGACAAGAUUCACGACUGUCUGUCAAAACCCUGAUCGAAAGUAUAGAAAAUAACAAACAGACCGCCAAAGCCGAAGAACCAGAGUCUCGCUAUAGCUCCUCGUCAAGCUUAAAUAGUAGCAGUACUCCCGAAAUAACCCCCAGUACUAUGCCGUUAGUCAGUACUACAACCAAUAAUCCCGAUUGGUCAGAAAAUGUUUCCCGACUAACGCCCAUUAUUGGCAGCUUAAAUACAACAACAACGGCAGCUACAUGCACACCCAAUAAUACCACAUCAUCCCUUGGCUCGUCCUUGACGACGACAACAACAACGACCAAGGGUCCUCUCAGGGAACAACAACAACAGCAAUCUGUAGUAUCCAAUCUACACAUCAGUAGUCUCAACAAUGUCUCCAAAUCUCUGUUAAGUGGUGAACGCAAAGAUCCUUUGAACAUGUUGGCCAAAAAUGGCGGUUCAAAGCGUAAUGCUUUGUUGAAAUGGUGUCAAAAUAAAACUGUCGGUUAUCGCAAUAUAGACAUCACAAAUUUCAGUUCAUCCUGGAAUGAUGGCUUGGCAUUUUGUGCAAUUUUACAUUCCUAUUUACCGGAUCGCAUUCCUUAUGAUACUUUAAGUCCAGCCAACAAAAGACGUAAUUUCUCAUUGGCAUUUGCUGCCGCUGAAUCGGUGGGCAUAACCACAACUUUGAAUAUCAAUGAUAUGUGUCAAAUCGAACGUCCCGAUUGGACCCAAGUAAUGUCUUAUGUUACAGCUAUUUAUAAGUAUUUUGAAACUUAAGAAAGUCAUCUCCUCACAUCUUUCUUAGUUUUAAUAUUUUCGUUUUCUCUUCAUUUUUUAAUUAUAAUUAUUUUAUUUUAAACAUCUGUUGGCGUAUAUAUUUUUUAUUGUUAACGAAAAUCUUAAAUGUUAUUAUUUUAUAAGUUCUAUUCUCCCUCCUCCUCAUCCCUUUCUCAUUCUCCAAAUAAUCUAACGAUAAUGCCGAAUCUUCAUUUUUUAUGUUUUUAUGCAAAGAAAGCCAAAUUAUUUUAUAAAUUUUCUUUUGUUAUUUUAACAUUAUUAUUUUCACAUUUCAUUAAAUUUAUUAUUUAUUUUAUUGUGUAUUUUUUUAAUUAAUUACAACAAAAAACAAACAACAAUAAUUAUGAUAAAUGUUUAAUUAAGAAAGUGUAAAUAUUUUGCAGAUCAACCAUUAUUAGCUACUAAAAAAUCUAUUAUUUAUUUUUGAUAAACCAGAAACAAAGCAAAAAAGAAGAAAAAAGUAAAGAAAAAAAUAAUAAAUAUGAAUAAUAUGGAA